GCGUGUACGCAAACGCAUUGCUCGGUGUUCGUCACUAAAAAGCUCCUGGCUCAGUAGGUGCGCAAAGUGUGGGAAUCGACUGUGCUGUUGAUUCUAGAACUACAAGUUGUCUUCUAGUAUUAUUAAAAAUAAGGACAUUUAACUGAUUUAGCUCGACAAGACUGAGAUGUUACAGUUUAGGGCUUCAAUUGUGCUGAAGGAGUUGAUUCAAACCAGCCCUAAGCGUUCGUUCUCUGACAUUAUAAGGCACAAAAAGACUUUAUCAAACGCGUACUGCUUCAGCGCUGCUUAUCGGGAUGGCAGAAUAUCUAAAUUAAAGAUUAAUGGAAGACCUUUCAUUCAGCCUUUAGCUGGGAGAAGAUUUCUAUGUACAAAGACCGAUGGUGCGAUUGAACCCACUGAGCAAGUGAAGAAAGAUGAGACCGUCCAGGAAGCGACGGCAGAUAAGAGAAGGAAGGCUGGCAUUCUGCCCAGCUUGGAGGACCUGCUGUUUUACAGUAUUGCCGAAGGCCAGGAGAGGAUCCCAGCUCACAAAUUCAUUACCGCACUGAAGGCCACUGGACUUCGAACGGGAGAUCCACGGCUGAAAGAAUGUAUGGACAUGUUGAAAGUCACUCUCAAAUCCACGACAGAUGGCGUAAUGCUGGACCGACAUUUGUUCAAAAAGUGUGUCCAGAGCAACAUUGUUCUCCUAACCCAGGCCUUCCGGAAGAAGUUUGUCAUCCCUGAUUUCCAGACUUUCGCCUCCCACAUCGAUACACUUUAUGAGAAAGGCCGCAAACUUUCCGGGGGUUUGGUUGCUGACUACAUUCCCCAACUUGCCAAAUUCAGCCCAGAUCUGUGGGCCGUUUCCCUUUGCACAGUGGAUGGUCAAAGACACACAGUGGGUGACACUAAAGUGCCAUUUUGCCUGCAGUCGUGCGUGAAGCCGCUCAAGUACGCUAUUGCGGUGCACGACCACGGCACUGAAUAUGUGCACCAGUUCAUUGGGAAAGAGCCAAGUGGAUUACGCUUCAACAAGCUCUUCCUGGAUGAGGACGAUAAACCCCAUAACCCAAUGGUGAAUGCUGGUGCAAUCGUGUGUACCUCUCUUAUUAAGCAUGGAGCAGGCAAUGCUGAGAAGUUUGAUUAUGUAAUGAACUUCUUGAAGAAGAUGGCAGGAAAUGAAUAUGUUGGUUUCAGCAAUGCCACAUUCCAGUCGGAGCGUGAGUCAGGAGACAGGAAUUUCGCUAUUGGCUACUACCUGAAAGAAAAGAAGUGCUUUCCAGAUGGUACAGACAUGACUGCUGUUCUAGACUUAUACUUUCAGCUGUGCUCCAUCGAGGUAACGUGUGAGAGUGCUAGCGUCAUGGCUGCCACGCUAGCCAACGGCGGCUUCUGUCCAAUCACAGGCGAGCGUGUGCUGAGCCCCGAGUCCGUGCGAAACACCCUCAGCCUCAUGCACUCCUGCGGCAUGUAUGACUUCUCCGGACAGUUCGCCUUCCAUGUGGGUCUUCCUGCCAAGUCAGGUGUGGCUGGAGGUAUUCUGCUGGUUGUGCCCAAUGUGAUGGGCAUUAUGUGCUGGUCUCCACCGUUGGACAAACUUGGCAACAGUGUCCGGGGCAUCCAGUUCUGCACGGAUCUGGUGUCCUUGUUCAACUUUCACAACUAUGACAACCUGAGGCACUUCGCCAAGAAGCUUGAUCCUCGCCGAGAGGGAGGGGACCAGCGGCCGCAAACCUUCGGACCCCUGGAUUACGAGAGCCUUCAGAAAGAGCUGGCUCUCAAAGACACUGUGUGGACAAAAGUCUCGCCCACUGAGUGCAAUGAAGACAGCUCCACUACUGUAGUCUAUAGGAUGGAGAAUGUUGGAGAUGGCAACUAAAAACAGACCUGAAUCACCUCGACGAGCUCUUUGACAAUAUAUAUUUAUGUAAAUUAUCAGUUAUUUAUUUUCAAUGAAUAUCAUUCUGGUCACAUGUUCAUGGUUCAUCACCAGAGUCACUGUAUCUUUCUCUGUGAAUAUGAAUGAUUAUGAUUGAGGAUACGGUCUUAUGCCUUGGCUUCUGUUUUAUCUAUCUGUGCUAACGCCUAAAGCAAAGCAGCUUGGUGGACGUUUGGUGCGGUGUGAUUUCUAGGCUCUGUAUUCUCUCAUAGACCAGCAAGUGUUUUUUGAUGGAAGUUUAGAAUUGGCUGCUGAACAGAGACUACAGAUGGUUCUGUAUUGCACUACAGUUGAAUGUUGUGGUCAUGCAUAGUUGACCGCGUCUUACCACACACAGAGUCUGUCAGUGAGGCCUUUACCUUGAUGGUGUCGCAAGCACAUGAAUGUUCUCUGAAACUUUUUCCAAAAAGUAGGUGGCCGGUAAGGGUGAUUUGCUUGCCCUCAUGUCGUUUCGACUCCAUAUGUGGUUGUCGUUGUUUUUCUGUGGAACACAAAAGUACAUUUUUGAAGUUUAAUAAUUCAAAAUAUUAGUUUAUAUAAAACCAAGCAAGAGGUUGGAAAUAUGCUGCCCUUAUCAGGAAGUUUUUAAGUAAUAUAUACAUUUUUGUUAUUAUAUGCUUUUGCAAGAACAAAAGUAAAGCAAUAGUGCACCCAAAAAUGAAAAUUCGGUCGUUAUUUUCUCACCCUCAUGUCAUUUUUACCAUGUGUACUGUAUGUUGUCGGAACACAAAGAAAAUUGAAAUAUUCCUUACAAAAUACCCAUAAAAUAAAAUAUAGUAAGAAGGGCAAUUUUUUUAAAAGUCUUCUAAAGCCAUAUACUAGCUUUUUCUGAGGGAAAAUAAUGUUAUUAGGAGUGGGAAUCUUUAGGCACAUUAUGAUCGGAUUCCAAAAUGAUUCUAAUUUUUUUUUCUUAUUAAUUUAGUUUACCGACUUGAAAAUCUUAUUUAAUUACAAAUGUAAUAAAUACUUACAAAUUAAAACAUUAAAUUAAAACAAUUGUUUGUUCAUUUUAACUAUAUAAACUAAUCUAGCUUCAAAAUAAACAUAAAAGCAAGUAUUAAAUAAGAGGAACAAGCAAACAUCUUUAAAGCAAUAAACUAUGAGUGCUUUCAGUAUUUAAGAGUAUCUGAACAUUUUUAAUUUUUAAUUAUUAAUUUAUUCAAUUUCUAAAAUACACGCAGCGUCAUUGCACAUCUGCGGUUAAAAUAUAAGCUCAGAAUCGAUUCCAAAAUUCUCAGAAUCGAUCCAGAAUCGUUGGAGAGAAAAUUGCAUUGCAUAGAUUUUUUUUUUUUUUCAACCCCUAGUUAAUCACUAAAAAUCUUUUGAAAAUGCCAUUUGCCGCAUUAUCAUUGAAUAACGUCUAAAUUGUCUGCCUGUUCCUUACACAAAACUACUAUAUUAUAUGACUUCAGAAGACUUGGAAACAAUAGUGCACAAGUCAUAUUGACCACUUUUAUAGUUGUUUUUAGUACUUUUUGUAGGUUGACAAGUUACUAAGAACUUUUGUUUUAUUGAAAAGAGCUGCAUGAAGGUUCACAAAAUUUCCUAACAUGACAUACAGCAUGAUGGUGAAGUAUUAUUUUCCUUUUUGGCUGAACUAUUCAUAGAGCCCCACUAGUACUGCUCAGCAGCCACAUGAAACCUGCUGUCUGGUCGUGUUUACGGUCUUAUGUAAGGUCAAAUCAAUACCGUUACAAACCUUCCACUGUUCCGACUGCCCUUAGUUCAGUUUCUGUCUGUUUAUUCUCAUAUAAAAACAUUUAUGCACCUUGAUAGUUCAGAAUGUCAGUUUAUAUCAAACUAAGCUUUAAUUAGCUCUGAAGUUUUAGUAUUGGAAAGAUGCUGCCCUUAUCAGGAAGUUUUAUAUAUAUAUAUAUAUUAUAUAAGUAUUAUAUAUAUAUUUUUGUUUUUAUGUGUGAUGCAAGAACAUCUUUUAAUUAAAUUUUAUACACACACAUAUAUAUACACACAUAUAUGUGUGUAUAUGUUUAUAUUACAAAUUUAUUUUAUUUUUCGCAUAAUUUACUAUAUGUUUUCACAAGCUUGUGUAUAUCUACAGAAACUAUUGUGGGUUUUGUUGCUUUGUUUCACCAUUUUUCUGUGUGUGUUUUUGUAUUCUUAUUUUCAUGUCUUAUGUUCUUAUGCUGCUUUAGUCAUAUGCUUUUAAGGAAAAGUGUUUCUCAUGUUCUUACUGACAGCUUAAACAGUCUAUAUGAGUUUAUCUGUUGAGGAAGCAGCUCGCUCUGAUUACUUGAACUGUCCUGAGUCUAACAGAAAGCAAAGUGCUUCUUUACAAUAUGUUCUCAUCUGAUUUCACUCACAAUGUCAUAACAGUUCUGUUUAUUUUCUCUUGUUUUCUCAUUGUGUAUAUAUGUCAUUUGUUCUGGUUUUCUUUUUUGUAUUAUUAAUAAAUGGAUUUAAUCUCA